AUGGCCACCGUCAUUCGCAACCCUCUCCUGGUUCCCUCCACCUCUCACCACAACAAUCUCAACCACAAAAACAGCACCGUAUUGCUCACCCUCCGUUUUCCUCAAACUUCAUUACGACACUCUUCUCACCGAUUCAAAUCCCGAUUCACUGUUUCCUGCUCCCAAUCCGAACCUUCUUCGCGGCGGCGUCCUCCGUAUAUCCCUAACCGCAUUCCCGAUCCUUCUUAUGUCCGCAUUUUCGACACCACUCUCCGCGAUGGCGAGCAGUCCCCUGGCGCCUCCAUGACCUCCAAGGAGAAGCUCGACGUGGCGCGCCAGCUCUCCAAGCUCGGCGUCGACAUCAUCGAGGCUGGCUUCCCCGCCGCCUCCAAGGACGACUUCGAGGCCGUCAAGACGAUCGCGCAAGAGGUCGGAAACGCCGUCGAUGACCACGGUUACGUUCCCGUCAUCUGCGGGCUCUCGCGCUGCAACGAAAAUGACAUUCGAACCGCCUGGGAGGCCGUUAAGUACGCCAAGAGGCCCAGGAUUCACACCUUCAUCGCCACCAGCGCCAUUCACAUGGAGUACAAGCUCAGAAUGUCGAAAGAGAAGGUCGUCGAGAUUGCCCGCAAUAUGGUCAAGUUCGCUCGCAGCUUGGGCUGCGAAGACGUUGAGUUCAGCCCUGAAGAUGCUGGAAGGUCGGAUAGGGAGUUUCUUUAUGAAAUUCUUGGAGAAGUUAUCAAGGCAGGGGCGACCACGCUUAACAUACCUGACACUGUUGGUAUAAACUUGCCAAGCGAAUUUGGAAGGUUGAUUGCUGAUAUUAAAGCUAAUACCCCUGGAAUUGAAAAUGUAAUUAUUUCCACCCACUGCCAGAAUGACCUUGGACUUUCUACUGCAAAUACUAUCGAGGGUGCACGUGCUGGUGCAAGGCAGCUGGAAGUGACUAUUAACGGGAUUGGUGAAAGGGCUGGAAAUGCCUCCUUAGAAGAGGUUGUGAUGGCCCUGAGAUGCGGAGCACAUGUCACUGGCAAUCUCUACACUGGAAUUAAUCCAAAGCACAUCUUUCUGACGAGCAAGAUGGUCGAAGAAUACACUGGUUUGCAGUUACAGCCACACAAGGCUCUUGUGGGAGCUAAUGCCUUCGCCCAUGAAAGUGGCAUACAUCAGGAUGGAAUGCUAAAACACAAAGAUACAUAUGAAAUAAUAUCCCCUGAGGACAUUGGGAUUGAAAGAACAAAUGAAGCUGGUAUUGUACUGGGGAAGCUUAGUGGUCGCCAUGCUUUGAGAAAGCGACUUGAAGAGCUUGGUUAUGAACUUAAUGACGACCAAGUUCAAAGUUUAUUUUGGCGUUUUAAAGCAGUGGCUGAGCAAAAAAAGAGGGUUACUGAUGCUGACCUCAGAGCAUUGGUAUCAGAUGAAGUUUUUCAAGCAGAGCCUGUCUGGAAACUUGGUGAUAUACAGGUGACUUGUGGAACUCUUGGUCUUUCAACAGCAACAGUCAAACUUCUGAGUAAUGAUGGUAGAGCACAUGUGGCAUGUUCUGUUGGUACAGGACCAGUGGAUUCGGCUUACAAGGCUAUCGAUCUGAUUGUGAAGGAGCCAGUAACACUUCUGGAGUACUCUAUGAAUGCAGUCACUGAAGGCAUUGAUGCGAUUGCCACUACCCGGGUUGUAAUUCGUGCUGAGAGUGAGACAAGUACCUCUACUACUCAUGUUUUAACUGGAGAGACUGUUCUCCGAACAUUUAGUGGGACUGGAGCGGGAAUGGAUGUUGUUGUUUCGAGUGUCAAGGCCUACAUUGCUGCACUAAACAAGAUGUUGGGUUUCAAGGAAACAUCUCCAUCUGCUGAAAAAAUACCAAUUUCUUCAUUGGAGAUCUGA